AUGUUUGUUGUUGUUGUUGUUGGUUGGUUUGUUGACAGAGUGAAUGCAAAUUCAAGUCCCAAUUCCAAUUAUCAACCUUUGCUGGAUUUCCAGGUCCCUGCCGGUAGGUGUAGUGAGAAGGCAAGAGGUAAGAAGCAAGAGGUAGGAAGCAAGAAGCAACAAGCAAGAAAGCAAAGUGACAAAGUUAAGGUUACCGUUGUGAUAAAAAAAGGAGUAUCCGCGAAUCGAUGA